UUCAGAGCGAACAGCGGUGUGACUGAAACGGUGUGUAACGCAGGUAAACGGAACUUUAUUCUGUUUCCGGUCUGUCCGCGUGUCUGCUCGCACUGAAACACGCGGACCGGAGACGUUGCCGUGCGCUGUUUGAAGGCGGAAGUUGGAAACCGGGAGUUCCGGGUCAUAUUUCCACUUUAAAGCCGGAGAAGCCUGGAAACACCGACGAUGGAAGCCGCUUCCGGAUGAUGCGCCAGAGCGGAAGUGUUACUCACACGGAGGAUAUCAGACUUAUCCAGCAUGCAGAGCUCGGUGACCGUGUGCUUCCUCCUCCUCGUCUUUCCCGUCAACGCACACGUCGUGGAAAACUUUGAGGGGUGCAAGAAAUACUUUUACAACGGGCAUGUGCCAAAGUGGACUCCCAAUAAUCACGUCCACAUCUGCCAGAAGUUUAAGAACAGCUACCACUUUGCCACCCUGUACGACACCACCAACCGCAUUCCCGUCUACUCUGCUUACAUAGUUGAGGACGGCAAAAAAUCAGAUCACAGAUGGAUGGUGGAGCCUCAGCUGGUAAAACAGGAGUUUGAAGAGGAGAUGAUGACACAGGAUUCACUGAUUUACAAACAUCCUACACUAAACCUUGAUGAAAUAGGAACGAGGCAGGCAACAGACGAGGACUACAAUAAACUUCCUAAUGGUUACAGCCGAGGUCACCUCAACCCCAACUCGCACCAUGCAGGUGAUGCUUCCAAAGCCACUAUGACCCUGACCAACAUAGUUCCCCAAAAACAAUCACUGAACGAAAAGAAGUGGAGUCAACAUGAGGCAGAACUCAAAGCUUUGGCCAAAGGUAACUCCGUCUACGUUCUGGUUGGUGCGAUUCCAUCAGAAGGAAACUGGAUCAAAAGAGAUAACCAGCCAGGUGUCAACAUCCCAGACUACAUGUGGGUCGCCCACUGCUACUGUGACAAGACAUCUUGUAAGAGUGGGGGUGCCACAGCUAAGAAUUUUGAGAACAAGAUCUACGAGUGCACCCUGUCACAGCUUCAAGCCUUUCUUGAAAAACACAACCAAGCUGCAGGUCAGCUGUUUGACAACAACUGCUAUGUGGAGCAGGCUGCAGGUGCGACUGCAGCAGCAGGAAAUCCUUGUGACAUAUAAUCCAGAAAUACUCAGGAGAUCACUGAUCUCUGCAGAGUCACGCAGCUCGUCCUUUCCUCAGCACUGCACACAUGAACUCAUGUAAACAGUUACUGUGAUCUUAACUGUGUCGCACAAAUGUCAGCACAUGUUUAUGGUGCAGGUGAACACAUUCCCGUCAUGCUUACAGGCUGCUUUACUCUGAGAGCGGCUUCACUGCAGCUUGUUGCUUAUUAAAAUCUGAUGAAA